AUGCGUUCGAAUACACUGUUGGUGGCCGCUUUGGCCGCGGCAGCAUCCGUCGCCGCCGUAGAACCUGCGAGACCGAGGAUCUAUUUUCCGCGACAGGUGAAGCGGCAAUACACUAAUGCCACAGGGACGUCGGAUACGCCACUUGCGCAAUUGACGUCCUUGGUCGAGCCACUGGCGGAGACGACCAAAAGAGAGCCAAUUCUGAGUGGCGUGUUGGGCGGCUUGGGUCCCCAUAGAAGUCCAAACAAAGGCAGCAGCGAGGCCAAAGUUACAACCAUCAUCAUCGCAAGCACGAUCGUUGUCCCUCCGUCUACCCCGAGUACCACAUCCACUUCUUCGCCAGAGACGAUCACUCCGACACCGACUCCGUCGAGCAGUAAUGCCAAUGAGACUGUUAGCGAGGGAGAGUCGAAGGAGACUUUCCCCCCGCUCAUCGUACUGCCGAGCAUCGGCAUCGGCCGCCAGAGCACCACUACCGAGAGCACGACAGAUGCUAGCACCACCACCGACGCUAGCACAGCGAGCACCGAAACCGCGCCGUCGGAAUCCGUGAGCUCGGCAGGACCGUCGAACUCGACAGAGUCGGCUUCAGCAUCCUCGACAGAGUCAGUUUCAGCAUCCUCGACGGAGUCAGUUUCAGCAUCCUCGACAGAAUCGUCAGAUUCCUCAUCCUCGACCGUGACGUCUUCGACUUCCUCGACCGCUUCGACUGUCACCUCGACUAGCUCGACGAGCUCGUCGGGUAUCCUGCUUGCUCCGACAGGCGUGGUGACAGCCACUUCGACCCUCAACCCUCUCGCACCCAUCGGCUCCCUGAUUAGCAGCGUCGUGUCUGAAGUUACGGGGGCGAUUCUCCCGACGGCGAAUCUCACCGACAUCAUCGAUCCGACCCCUACGGCUCCCACUGCGACCGAUUCGACCAUCACUGUUCCAGUGACCAUCCUGCCUGGAACCGGGAGCUCCACUCCGACUACGCCUCCAGACUCGUCAACGGUACCGACCGACGUUUCCACGUCGGUUGAUCUACCGCCAGUUACGAAUGCGACUGAGACCGCACCGCCAACCAAGGAACCAACCGUCACAGUCACCACGGACCUGCCGCCGUCAAAUCCGACCGAAGUGCCUCAAAACUCUACCGUCACAGAUGUUCCUCCUACCGAUUCCAAUCCGGAAACGACUCUGCCCCCAACAGCGCUCCCCACAACACCGACCAGCAUUGUGACUAUUUCUCCCAACACCACCAGCGUCAACACAACGGCCCCGGAAACUACCUCGCUGCCUCCGGAUACAGCCAGUGGCGUUACCAGCAUUAGUGCAACUGGAACCACCGUUGUCGAGCAGCCAUGGCUCCCGACAACGAUCAUCAUGGAUCCUACGCCAACGACGACGACGGCCGGGUUGGCCCCUACCAGCGCUGUAAACCUCCCAACUGCCCUCCCGAAGGCGAUCACUCCAGAGUCGGCCGACAAUCCUCCGCCUGAGGAUACAACGCUGAUCCAGAUCGGAUUCGGCUUUGGAAUGAACUACCCAUUCGUCGUGAGCAAUGCGAAGGCUGCAGCCCAGAUCUUCCAGCUACUUCCCACGGCACUCAGCUACGCCGGAGGGUUCCCAGUGGAGAAGGUGCAGAUGCGGAAACUCAUCCCACUCAACACCCAGCAAUCGCUUGGAUACGUGACUACGCUCGCCAUUGUCACGUACCCUAGCAGCAUGGUCGAAGCUCUUCGGAUGGAUGUCAAGAUCCCCAGUUCGCCACUCUACAGCAACAGAGAGCAGCUGGUCUACAACCUGACCCAGCAGAUCAACUCGGCGAUCGACAUCAUUCUUGGUUCUUAUCCCGAAGACGGAGCCGCUUCCAGUGCAGAUGGGGGAGCAGCGGCUACUUCCACCUCGACAGCAAACAACGAUCCUUUCGACAACGGCGACGGUGAUUCAUCCAAUUCUAGUUCUGGCCAGAGGGGAGCGACAGCAGGGAUUGCCAUGGGCGUCGUUGGCGUCGCUGCCGCGUAUGGUGCUGCCAUGUUCAUCAUUGCCCGGCGAUACAAGAGGAAGAAGCAGGCCCACCGGCGGGCGAGCUCCAUCAGCGAUUCGUCAGGGAUGCGCACUGCUGGUAGCCCGCCACUCAUGGGUGGUGCGUUACUGAGCAGGGACUUCUCCUCGUACGGAGGCGUCGCCGGUGGCCGGGAUAGCCAUGGUAGCGGCAGGAGCGGGAUGAACAACUCGGCACGGACCGCCUACAUCUCGGCACCAGUAGCGGCGGAGAACUCCCUCGGCUGGAACUGA